UUCACACGGGCGGCUAUUCAGACGGGCCCUUAAUCAAGACCGGGGGUUAAAACGAGCAUUUACGGUAUGUGCUUAUACGAGCACAGAGAUUACCAGAUCUAAUUCUUAAUCAGAAGGGAAUAAAACUGAAGCGUGUGAUAAUUUAAAAACAAUAAUAAACAUUUAGUCCGAGACACUUCAGAAAAAAAGCUCAUAAAAGAUUACUUCAAUUUUUAUGUUAUGCGGCUCAAAACAUUUUGAAAUUUCAACCUGAAUUUGGGCUUCUGAUUCAAAUUUCUUUUUAUUAUCUGGUAACACAUUUAAAUCACUUUCCUUCGCAUAGUUACAUCUGUGACGUUUUCUUUUUUUACAAUUACAUUUCCAUUGUUCUGAGUUUCCUAGGUAACAGAAGAUCGGCUCUCACUUUGGAAUUUAUUUCUUGAUGUUCGCAUCACUUUGGUUUGUAGGAAUUUAUUCCCUCCUAGUACAAAGAAGUCCUGUUAUAUUCACCAGGACUAAAGCUGACUUCAAUGAAUUAUUUGAGGACAAAUCAUCAAAAUGACUGAGUAUACUUUUAAACCAUCCUCAAAUCUAACCGAUGCUGAUGAAUGGUAUGAAAUUCCUUUAUCUACGGAAAAUGAGGAUGAACUCAGUCCUCGCGAUGUUUUACAACUUCAGAAAAUUAGAAAUGCGUUCGCACCAAAGCCUUACGAUGAUUCCGACUUUGACGAUAAACUUUCCAGUUUGAAUAUACCGACUCAUAAUCAGCAUCACAUUGUACAAAUGAACUCUCUUUCGACACGUACCAAAUCUGCAACUUCUACUAGUCAUACUACUGAAAUGGCAGUAGAGUUUCCGAUAGUUCGAAAUAUCACAAAAAGACGAAUGGAACAAGAUAGCGGGGAUGCCAGUUGUGAAUUAAAGGCAGAAUCACGUGUCGAGAAAAACUCACGAACCACCGAAGGCAAAGAGGAAGAUGCAUUGAAAAAUAUUAGUUCGGAACACAAACAAGAUAAUGUUAUACAGAGCACUAACGGACAGCAAGAGCCAAUCAAAGCCGAAACGAAUUUUGAGAAACAAUGCACGAAAUACGACAUUUGCCAUUGUGGGGUUCAAACUGUUUGGAAACGUAAUGAUUGUUGCCAGCUGGAAGAUGCUCUAAACCUAAAGGCUCUUACCAUCACACGAGCUCAUGCAGAUAAAAUGCGCGAUCAGUUGCAUUCAUGUUCAUCCACCUUGAAGCAAGCCGAUGAUCUUCUUAUCUCAUCACGUGCUUUAUCGUCAGCUUUAGAUAAAAUGGGUGAAUACAAGAAUAGUGGCAAGAGGAAAUCUCUCUGAAAAGGGAUGGAUUGAGAAAAAUGGAAG